AUGAACCGUGCUUUUAGCAGGAAGAAAGACAAAACAUGGAUGCAUACGCCUGAAGCUUUAUCAAAACAUUACAUUCCCUAUAAUGCAAAGUUUCUUGGCAGCACAGAAGUGGAGCAGCCCAAAGGAACAGAAGUUGUAAGAGACGCUGUGAGAAAACUAAAGUUUGCCAGACAUAUUAAGAAAUCUGAAGGCCAGAAAAUUCCUAAAGUUGAGUUGCAGAUAUCAAUUUAUGGAGUAAAAAUUCUAGAACCUAAAACGAAGGAAGUCCAGCACAAUUGCCAGCUUCACAGAAUAUCAUUUUGUGCAGAUGAUAAAACUGACAAGAGGAUAUUCACUUUCAUAUGCAAAGAUUCUGAGUCAAAUAAACAUUUGUGUUAUGUAUUUGACAGCGAAAAGUGUGCUGAAGAGAUAACUUUAACAAUUGGCCAAGCAUUCGACCUGGCAUACAGGAAAUUUCUAGAAUCUGGAGGAAAAGAUGUUGAAACAAGAAAACAGAUUGCAGGGUUACAGAAAAGAAUCCAAGACUUAGAGACAGAAAAUAUGGAACUCAAAAAUAAAGUACAAGAUUUGGAAAACCAGUUAAGAAUAACCCAAGUAUCAACAUCUCCAGCAGGCAGUGUGACACCUAUGUCACCCUCCACGGACAUCUUUGAUAUGAUUCCAUUUUCUCCAGUAUCGCCCCAGUCUUCAAUACCUACUCGCAAUGGCACACAGCCACCUCCAGUACCUAGUAGAUCUACCGAGAUUAAACGAGACCUGUUUGGAGCAGAACCUUUUGACCCAUUUAACUGUGGAGCAGGAGAUUUUCCUCCAGAUAUUCAAUCAAAAUUAGAUGAGAUGCAGGAGGGGUUCAAAAUGGGACUAACACUUGAAGGCACAGUAUUUUGUCUCGACCCAUUAGACAGCAAGUGUUGA